AUGCCACCUGUGCGUUCGGCACGAAAUCGAAAACCACCUCCUGAUGGGUUCGACGAUAUCGAAGAUACCCUGUUGGAAUUCUCGAACAAGAUGAAAGAUGCAGAAAACGCUUCGCAUGAGGGAAAAAAGCGUAAUGAGGUACUAUGGCCCAUAUUUCAAAUCACACAUCAACGCUCACGUUACAUCUAUGACCUAUAUUACGACAAGGAAGCUAUAUCGAAAAAGCUGUACGACUGGUUGAUCAAGAGUGGUUAUGCGGAUGCAAACCUGAUUGCAAAGUGGAAAAAGCAGGGUUACGAGAAGCUUUGCUGUUUGAAGUGUAUGCAGACGAAAGAGACGAACUUUAAUGCGACCUGCAUAUGCCGAGUUCCGCAAGCCCAGCUCAAGGAGGAUCAGAUCAUUGAAUUGCAGAGCUCCGUAACGUAA